AUGAACAAGAACUCUAUCCCGACUGAUAUCGUUUUCGAGAUAUUCUGGAGAUUGCCUUCAAAUUCAAUCGCAAGGUGUCGUUGCGUGUCGAGGCUAUGGCGUUCCAUGCUUCGCCGUCCAUAUUUCACAGAGUUGUUUUUGAAAAAGUCAUUGUCUUGUCCGCGUCUCUUAUUCGCCUUACAAGCCAGACAAGGAGUUCGAAGAGCCGCCGAUUUUCAUAUGAAGCUCCCUGGAGACAUGUAUCCAAACAUUUGGGGCUAUACCUCUGGUUUGAUGUGGCAUUCAAAAGAUGGUAGAGCGCAUGUGAUCUGUAACCCUAGCACAGGACAGUGUGCGAGUUUACCUAAAUUGAGAAUAAUUCCAACAAACUCGAGAAGCUUUUUAGGGUUUGAUCCAAUCGACAAGCAAUUCAAGGUAUUGUUAUUGGCUCCUUAUUAUUACCCCUGUAUUGUGACAUUAGGAACUGGAGAAAUGAAGUGGAGGACUAUCGGAUGCUCUUUGCCUUAUUAUCCUUUCAGUGAAGGGAUAUGCAUCAAUGGGGUUUUGUAUUAUUUAGGGUCCCAUCGUAUAACGCAGUCUAGUGUGCUAGUUUGGUUUGAUGUUAAGUCUGAGAAAUUUAAGUUUAUAGACGUACAAUCUUUUUGUAAAAGGCAUACUACAUUGAUAAACUAUAAGGGUAAAUUAGGUGGGGUUGAUUUGGAUUAUGUUCACGUUGAUGGUGUGAGCCAUAACCUUGAGCUGUGUAUGUGGGUUUUAGAGGAUGUCGAGAAAAAGGAAUUUUCGAAACAUGCCUACACUUUGAUAGAUAGUAAACUUGCUUACCUCGAUGUUUCAAUUGUCGGAGGGACCCCAACAGGUGAAAUUGUUUUGUCGACUUCUUACCAUGCGCGUGGAGCGUUUUGUGUUUUCUACUUCAAUCCGGAAAGUGACACUCUCCAUAGUGUUGAAUUCCGAUGUAAACAAGAAGCGUUGGCAUUUUGUAGUAAUAGAGUCUACGUCUUUCUAGACCAUGUAGAGGAUCUUAAGUUUAAUGUUAUAAAGACUACAUCUGCUGCAACGUCAUCUGAAGCUCGCAUGCAAAAAGACCGUGGUACGUUUGAGAGCAUUAACAAAUUUGAUGCUCUGUGUCUUAAUGAUGAUGAAUAA